AUUUCCGGUGACGUCAUUGCGUCUCAAGAUCGAUAAUGGAUCUGCAGCUGUCUGGAGAGCAACAAUAACAAGAGAAGCUCCGCGAUAAAACGAGUUAUUGUCUCGUCUCUGACACCUUUGCCAGCCCCAACUUGACAUCAUUCUGUCACCAACGCCCUUGGCGAAUUAACUCUGGCCUCCGCUUCCUCCGACUCGGAAACCGGCGGAGCGUCGCCGCUACCGCGGAAGAAAUACCGAGCUUCGGUGGUGGAGGGAGCAGGGGAGCUUGGGGCUGCAAUUGGGUCAGCGGCCCUGUCUACAGUUGUGGGGAUUUUAACUUUUCCCAAUUCACCCGUUGCUCCUGUCAUUCGAUUAAAUCCGCACAGUGUAGCCCACAUCUACAUUAAUAACAUGCAGGCCAACGGGGCAGGACAGGGUCAAGAUUCGGAGCUGUCCUGCCUAAACAACAGUACGCAAAACGGAGAGUCGUCCUCCGCCGGGGGAGCUCACACUAACGUUAAUGGACUAUCCACAACAAACAAUGGGAACUCUGUCAGUAACAACAUCGGUAUCCCAGCCCCAGCAGCAUCCAACAACACCGUGUCUUCGGAUGCAAACUCCGUGAAAAAGAAGAAACGUCUUUCUCAGUCAGAGGAAGAUGUCAUUAGACUUAUAGGGCAACAUUUACACGAUUUAGGAUUUAAUCAGACAGUGGACCUGUUGAUGCAGGAGUCUGGCUGCAGACUGGAGCAUCCCUCUGCCACAAUGUUCCGCAACCAUGUGGUGGAAGGAGAGUGGGACAAGGCUGAAAGUGACCUGAAUGAGCUGAAAGCAUUGAUGCAUUCUCCAAGUGCUAUUGUGCGGAUGAAGUUCCUGCUCCUGCAGCAGAAGUACCUGGAGUAUCUGGAGGAUGCCAAGAUCCUGGAGGCGCUGCAGGUCCUGAGAGCUGAGCUCACUCCCCUCAAGUACAACACAGAGCGCAUCCACAUCCUGAGCGGGUACCUGAUGUGCAGCCAUGCAGAGGACCUGAGAGCAAAGGCAGAGUGGGAGGGUAAAGGCACUGCCUCCCGCACUAAACUCCUGGACAAGUUACAGACGUACCUGCCUCCCUCUGUGAUGCUGCCUCCGCGCCGGCUGCAGACCCUGCUGAGGCAGGCUGUGGAGCUGCAGAGAGAGCGCUGCCUCUACCACAACACCAAACUGGACAGCGGCAUGGACUCUGUGUCCCUCCUCCUGGACCACGCCUGCAGCCGGAAACAGUUCCCUUGCUACACCCAGCAGAUCCUCACCGAACACUGCAAUGAAGUGUGGUUCUGCAAGUUCUCCAAUGACGGCACCAAACUGGCCACGGGAUCCAAAGACACCACAGUCAUCGUGUGGCAUGUCAACACAGAGAGUCACCAGUUGAAGCUGAUGAAGACUCUUGAGGGCCACGCCUACGGUGUCUCAUACCUGGCCUGGAGCCCUGAUGACACUUACUUGAUUGCCUGUGGCCCCGAUGACUGCUCAGAGCUGUGGCUGUGGAACGUACAGACGGGUGAGUUGCGGACAAAGAUGAGCCAAUCACACGAGGACAGUCUGACCAGUGUGGCCUGGAAUCCAGACGGCAAGCGCUUCGUCACCGGAGGCCAGAGGGGCCAGUUCUACCAGUGUGAUCUGGACGGUAACCUGCUGGACUCGUGGGAAGGAGUAAGGGUUCAGUGCCUGUGGUGCCUGGGUGACACUCGCACCGUCCUGGCAUCAGACACACACCAGCGUAUCCGUGGCUACAACUUUGAGGACCUUACGGACAGAAACAUAGUCCAGGAGGACCAUCCAAUCAUGUCUUUCACAGUUUCAAAGAACGGGAGGUUAGCUCUGCUGAAUGUGGCUACUCAGGGUGUGCACCUGUGGGACCUACAUGACCGGGUGCUGGUGAGGAAGUAUCAGGGCGUGACACAGGGCUUCUACACCAUCCACUCCUGCUUUGGAGGACACAACGAAGACUUCAUCGCCAGUGGGAGCGAGGAUCACAAAGUGUACAUCUGGCACAGGCGCAGUGAGCUGCCCAUCGCAGAGUUGACAGGUCAUACCCGUACAGUGAACUGUGUGAGCUGGAAUCCUGUAGUGCCCGGUCUCCUGGCCAGCGCCUCAGACGACGGCACCGUCCGAAUCUGGGGGCCCGCCCCUUUCCUUGAUGUCCAGGACGCUGAGGGGCUAAACGAAUGUUGUAACAUGGACAGCUGAUGGUGAUCUUGGAUCAGAAGACACUACUUCUCGAAUCCAGGAGAACAACACUAGACUCUAACGAAUGAAGCAGAGAAACUAUUGCGUUUUGACAGCCGCUUUCUGGAGGUUUGGCUCUGGGGCUGUGGCAGGUGAUAACGUCACACACACACGGAGAUGUCAGACAAAUCACAUAAAUUAACUGAUUACCCAGCAGCCACCUUGACUGUGACCUCCCACCUCCUCUUACCUGUCUCCCACCUUCUCUUACCUGUGUGGCUCACAGUGUCUGAUGUCUGCACCUGUGUUCAGCCAGGCCCCAUCCUCUUUUGUCUCAGAGCUAACCCCAGGACUGCCACCUUUCAUCUGCCUCGUUGAGAGUUUAUUAUUUAUUAUUGAUAAUAUUAUUUAUUGUCAUGAUUAGUACGUUGAUAUAUAUAUAUAUAUAGAGAGGGCUGUAGUGGUGGAGAGUGGUAAGGGUAUAUAUAGUGCUGUGAAACUAUUUGCCCCCUUUCUAAUUGUCUCCUAUUGCAUAUUUUUGAUACUGAAUGUUAUCAGAUCUUCAACCAAAACCGAAUAUUAGAUCAAGGGAACCUGAGUGAACAAAUAACACAACCGUUACAUACUUAUUUCAGAAACAAAGUUAUGCAACACCCAAUGCCCCUGUUUGAAAAAGUAAUUGCCCCCUUACACUCAGUAGCUGGUUGUGCCACCUUGACCUACAAUGACUCGAACCAAACGUUUCCUGUAGUCGUUCAUUCGUUUCUCAUGUCGCUGUGGAGGAAUUUUGGCCCACUCUUCCAUGCAGAACUGCUUUAACUCAGUGACAUUUGUGGGUUUUCAAGCAUGAACUGCUAGUUUCAAAUCCUGCCACAACAUCUCAAUUGGGAUUAGGUCUGGACUUUGACUAGGCCAUUCCAAAACUUCAAUUUUUUUGCUUUUUAGCCAUUUUCAUGUAGAUUGAUUGUGUGUUUUGGAUCAUGUCUUGCUGCAUGACUCAGCUGCGCUUCAGCUCACAGACGGAUGGCCUGACAUUCUCCUGUAGAAUUCUCUGAUACAGAGCGGAAUUCAUGGUUUGUUCUAUUAAGGCAAGUCACCCAGGUCCUGAGGCAGCAAAGCAUCCCCAAACUAUCACACUACCACCAUCAUGCUUAAGGUUUUUAUUGUGGAAUGCCGUGUUUGGUUUUCGUCAGGCGUAAUUGGACCCAUGUCUUCAUAAAAGUUCUACUUUUGAAAAUUCUGUCCAUAGAACAUUCUUCCAAGAGUCUUGAUGAUCAUCCACAUACUUUUUGGCAAACUUGAGUCAACUUUUUGGAUGAGAAGGGUCCCAUUGUCCUGCGAAACACUGCAUUCCACAGUAAGAAACUCAUACCAACGGUCAAGCAUGGUGGUGGUAGUGUGGUGGUUUGGGGAUGCUUUGCUGCCUCAGGACCUGGACGACUUGCCUUAAUAGAAGGAACCAUGAAUUCUGCUCUGUAUCAGAGAAUUCUACAGGAGAAUAUCAGGCCAUUGGUCUGUGAGCUGAAGCUGAAGGGCAGCUGGGUCAUGCAGCAAGGCAAUGAUCCAAAACACACAAUCAAGUCUACAUGAAAAUGGUUCAAAAGUAACACAUUUGUCGUUUUGGAAUGGAUUAGUCAAAGUCCAGACUUAAUCCCAAUUGAGAUGACGCGAGCAGUUCAUGCUUGAAAACCCCAAAAUGUUGCUGAGUUAAAGCAGUUCUGCGUGCAAGAGUGGGUGAAAAUUCCUCACAGCGGUGUGAGAGACUGAUCAACAACUACAGGAAGUAUUUGGUUGCAGUCAUUGCAGCUAAAGGUGGCACAACCAGUUAUGGAGUGUAAGGGGGCAAUUGCUUUUUCACACAGGGGAAUUGGAUGUUGCAUUACUUUGUUAAUAAUUUUUUUUUGUAAACUCAGGUUCCCUUCAUCUAAUAUUAGGUUUUGGUUGAAGAUUUGAUAUCGUUCGCUAUCAAAAAUAUGCAAAAAUAGAGGAAAUCAGAAAGGGGGCAAAUUCUUAUCACGGCACUAUAUAUCUAUGUUUCUCUUCCAACAGGAAAGUCAUUUUUUGGGGGGUUUAUUCAUUGCUGCCUCUAAUAAACGUCUCAACGUAUAUGAGAUUGUGGUUUUCACACGCUGGAAAUAAUUAAGGUUUUUUAUUUCACCUCAAACUUUUAGCUAUUUUUAAAUGAUAGGACUUACGGGCAUUUUAACUGAAUCGGAUGGAUAUAAAAUCCACAAAUCUAAGUGAAUCUCGGAGAUGCUUCUAUGGUUAUGAUGAUUACGUUUGUUUAGUGUUUGUUUUUUUAACACAGUAAAAUACCCUUUUAAAUUGGAUGUAGCUUUGUUUCCCCGAAUUGGUGGGAUGGUGAGAUUGAUGUGCAUGUCGCUUAGGCCUCACUGCUGCCAGAAGAAACCAUUUUGACCACCUGUGGUUUACAGCUAAAUAGCAUUUGAUUAUAUAGUGGCUAUGCUCUUACUCUUCAGAGUGCUUGCCAGACCUAGUAAAGCACGUGCUGAGGCUAACUUUCUAAUGGGAACGUUUAGGAGGUUAUAGUUGUGGAGAGGUUCGGUAGUGGGGAAAGAAUUGCUUCAACUUGCUGUAUCCACUUAACAGCAAUGGGGUUGACUCUGGGUUUUCCUUGACUUUGAUCUCAUUUGUGUGUCCACCAUUGUGCUGUUUUCAUUUGACCUCCAUUUCCCUCUUCUCUCCUUGCCUCACUUGUUCCCUUCUCUCCUGUCCCUCACCUUUAUCGCUUACGUUUUUGGUGUAUCCACUUUUUUCUCUAGCUGUGGUGAAAUGAGCAUUUAUUUGCUGCUUUGUUUGUUUUUCAUUUUCCUGAUUUAUGUAUUCAAUACAGGCUGACAAGUUUUUUUCAGACAUUUUAUCUGUUUUUAAUGGCUUUUGUGAAUUUUGUUACUAUCGUUUUCUUUUUCAUUUAUCACUUCAUCUCAUUUUCCCCGUACUAUCAUUGGCCUCUUCAACCAUUUCUUUUUCUAUACGUUAAUUUAUUUUACCCACAAUUCAUCAUGUAUAUGUAAUGCAUUUGUACACAAGUGUAUCAGAUAAUUAUGAACAUGUACUAUUUGUUCCUGUUGGAUGGUCAAGCAAAAUAAGCUUUUCUGAUAUGGUAUGCUCUUUAUAUCUGUAUAUGUUAUGGUAUGUAUAAUGAGAUCGUGUAAGAACAGUAUAUAGGCUAAGCAUUUUUCUGUGACACAGAUCUCCCCUGCAUCAGGCGAGCGCCUGCCCACAGGUCAUUACAGCCACCACCAGCUUGUUCUGUACAGAAGACUGAUAGAUAUAAAAAAUAAAAAAAAUGUAUACACACGCCACACACCUCAGUACAGAUCAAACACUAAAACAAUCACAGAUGUGGUGUUCUAGGUUCAGCUUAUGCAAGUUCUUGUUCUUUUGAGACGUACCUUAUUUUGGGGCUUCUUAUUUCCCACUCCUUGCUGUCAACGCUUGGCGAGGUGAGAAGCCAUUAUUAGGUUUGUUUGUUAGCGGCCAGGUUCGGAAGAAUCCAUUUUUGCAUUUAAAUGUGUUUAUUAAAAAAAGUGAUUGUACUGUUACGUAAUGUUGUGUAGGAGAAGAUAUGUAUGCAUAUUUUCAAUAAAGCAUUCAGAGUUUUAA